UAUUACUACUGGAUUUUCAAGAAUUUUUAAUAUAAUUUUUCCUUUGAAUUAUGAUUUAAAUAUCAAAAAUCUUUAAAUUUUUUUAAAAAAGGGAAAUAUUUUAGUUUUGGAAGUCAGAAUGCCAAGGAAAAGGAAAAAUGUUGGGGGAAAUCCUUUGCGGAAGACUGCAAACUCUAAGAAAAGUGUCGUGUCCCGUGUUGCUAGUCGUGAGGAGCCAACCACUACUCUUCCUUCCGUGUGUGAGACAAAAAUUGAUCAGGAAGAACUCUUCACCAGUAUCUCAGAGAUGUUUUCUGCUCUGGAUCCUGAUGUAGUUUAUUUGAUGCUUUCUGAAUGUGAUUUUAAAGUUGAAAGUGCCAUGGAUUGUCUGUUAGAAUUAUCUGCCACCAAUGCCAAGAUGGAAGCAUCGUCUUCACAAACUUCUGUUGCUCGUGAGAGUAAGCUAGGUGCAUCGGGAAGCACAGCAAUGGAGACGUGCCGUCCCGAAGACGAGAGUGAGGAUUCAAAACUGGAUUCAUUUUUGGAUAUGCAGCUAACUGAAGACUUGGAUUCCUUAAUACAGAAUGCUUUUGAGAAAUUGAACUCUCCUCCUGAUGACCAAGUAUACCCAUUCUCCCCUCUGCAAGAUGCUAAUAGUUUUAAUGACCCUUCCACCUUUAUGAAUUCAGAUUCAAGUGGUGUGACUUCUCUUCCUUCUGUACAAAACACGGGCUCCAACAGUGAAAUUGUCAGGAGUCCUGCUGCUUUACUAGGCUCAAACCCACUGACUUCACACGCAGUUUUGAAUGAGCCUGAAAGUUGUGCACAGAGUAGUACGUUGGCAUUGGAAGAGGGCUACCUAGAAGACUCUCCUCUCGGUAGCUCUUCAAAUCCAGCAAAUGACUCUGUUAUGGGUUGUGGCAAUUUUAGCCAAAGACAGAAAGAUCGUUUAGAAUCUGAGUGUCCUAGUGUGCAGCAUUCUCAAGCCCCUGUAAAUGUGGGCAACAGUGAACCUCAGGUUCCUUCAAAUCGCUCUCUGCACAAUUCAGGGUCUGAUUUACCAAGUACAGAUGGGGAUCAGAAGUCUACUUCUGUGCCAGAUGUUUUUGUGCCCUCUGAAGGGUUCAGUUUCAAGCCGCACAAGCAUCCUGAACUGCCACCAAAGGGGAAGGAUAUGAAUUACUGCCCGGUGCACCCCCUCCCGUUACUCCUUCCGCCCCCACCCCCCCCCCCACUCCGUGACCCGAUGAUCCCUGCUUUUGAUCUCUUUCAAGGAAACCAUGGCUUUGUAGCCCCUGUUGUGACCACUGCAGCACAUUGGAGACCUGUCAACUACACGUUCCCACCCCCCAUCAUCUCCCACACCUCCCCAACCAAAGUGUGGCGAGGCAGUGAGGGAGCAAGUGCUUACCAGGUGCAGGAGGCCCCAGUGUCACAGCCUGCGAGGAAGAAGACCACGUCCUAUGUAGGCUUAGUUCUCGUCCUUCUCAGAGGGCUGCCGGGCUCAGGGAAAUCCUUUCUGGCAAGGACUUUGCAAGAGGAUAACCCAGGGGGUGUCAUUCUCAGCACUGAUGAUUACUUUUAUAUAAACGGACAGUACCAGUUUGAUGUAAAGUACUUAGGGGAAGCCCACGAGUGGAACCAGAACCGAGCAAAAGAAGCCUUUGAGAAGAAGGUCUCUCCAGUGAUCAUAGAUAACACAAACCUCCAAGCGUGGGAAAUGAAGCCAUACGUUGCUUUGUCUCAAAAGCAUAAAUAUAAAGUCCUUUUCCGGGAACCGGACACAUGGUGGAAGUUCAAGCCGAAGGAGCUUGCAAGACGCAAUAUUCAUGGAGUAAGCAAAGAGAAAAUAUCAAGAAUGCUGGAGCACUAUCAGCGUUUUGUUUCUGUGCCAAUAAUUAUGAGUUCUUCAGAUCCAGAGAAAACCGAACGGAUUGAGUUGUGUGCAUAUGCUUGUGAGGACAGAAAUUCUAGCCCAAGAGACAGUGAAGCUGUUACCUCUACAAAAGAAGAAAAUGUCUCAUCUGCAUCUCCAAAGCACUUGGACCUAACGGAAGAGAAAACACUUGAAGUAGCCACACAAGCAGUGUUACCUUCGAGUGAACCCCCGCUACCUCCUACCAGUUUAAACAGAGGAAGAAAGGAGCUGGGUGACGGGAGUCACAGUGUUCAUGGCCACUUCAUUCAGGAAGACCCAAGCACCUGUUUCCCUAACGCUGAAGGCAGCGUUCAAGCCCCAGAUAGAAGUGAGAAAGAACAAGAGGUGGUGUCUGCAAAGGAGCCUUCUGAAGCCGAUGCAUGGAAUCCUGCAGAGGGCGCAUCCUCAAAUGGUCACUGUGCUGAAGGUGAUCAAGAAGCCAGUGAGUUUGCAAGUGCAGCCACCCUUCCAAGGGAAAACCCCUCACCUCCUGAAAUACUGGAAGAAAGAACAGCAGGAAAGAAAAAGACCAUUGUGAAACAAAAAAGCAAAUCCUCUUUGGAGAAACCCAAACCUGAGCUAUCCAAUUUCGUUGGUGACUGGCCAGUCGAUAAGACAAUUAGCCAGAGAACCAAAAGGAACCGGAAAACUGAAAAAGGAUCAUCUGUACAAAAUGACAAAAAAUGUAAUCGCCCACAGUCCCACAAAGUAUUAGAUACUCGGGUCUCUGUGAAUACAGAUCCUAUCCAGCCCCAAGGAUCUCCACAUGGAAAUGAUGAUCCUUCAGAAGUACCCAGUAGCUAUCACUAUGAUCCUUACAAAAGUACUGAGCAAACCUCAUUCAGCACUGUGAGCGACUGGCCCUCAUCUGCUUCAUUAGCUCAGAGAGAGCACAGAUUGAGAAUGCCAAAAGCUGGCUUAAGUGAACCCAACGUAGAAUUUGGAACCAAUGACAAGUUGGGUGAAAUACCCUUAUAUCCAGCACAUGAGGCCUACUGGGGGACUAGCCCUGAAGAACUGAAGACCCUGAGUUCCAGCCUUCGAAGUUCUGAAGUGCUGCCCAGUAAGACAGCUCAUGAGCAUCAUCAGACUCCGCUGAGUCAAAUGGUUCCUGGCCAGCACACACUGCCCCUUCCCUUUCCCAGCAGUGCCGCAACUCUUCCUGGAGUGGUGGGGCCCCGAGCUCUAACGCUCCCCGUGGGGGUGUCUGGAAUUGUCUCUGGAGUAGAUAAAGGCACUUGUACCCAGACUGAGCCCCAAGAUUUUGCUCUCUUGUGGAAAAUAGAAAAAAAUAAAAUCAGUGUUUCAGAUUCUGUCAGAGUGUUGACAGGAAGAGUAGAUGGGUUUAAGCCAAAAGACUUCACUCUUAAUAGAAAAUUGAAUGUUCAGGAAACUAUUCCUUAUAGAGUAAUGCAUGAUAAAAGUACAUUCGUUGAAGAAAGUGAGCUUACCAAUGCUGAUGAAUCUGAAAAUCUUAACAUCCUUUGCAAGCUGUUCGGGUCCUUUUCCUUAGAAGCCCUGAAAGAUUUAUAUGAGAGAUGUAAUAAAGAUAUUAUUUGGGCCACAAGCCUCUUGCUGGAUUCCGAGACUAAAUUGUGUGAGGAUGCGGAGGUUGUGAAUCCCCCCGAAUCAUACAGUGAGUCACAAGUUGGACCAUUUUCAAUGGGGUUGGAUUUGAAGGAAAUUAUUAGCCACAGAGGAACGUCAGAAGGUUCCAAUUCUUGUGUAUCAGAAUUUAGUCCUGGAAUUGGUAUCAGGAACACCAGUGCACAGUCUGCCAGUGACCCAGAAAAGGGGAACUCCGAGCAGGAAGGGAUAAGAGCUAUAAACCCUGAAAACCCUGAAUCAGUAGCCAGAAUAUUCCCUAAUGCCACUGUAAACGUAAAGAGUAGUAAUGGGAUGGUGCCUGACUUGUCAGGUGCGUACACCUUUAAGCAGCCCCUUUCACUUACUCCACGGUCUUAUGUCCCUAAGGAUGUUAGUGAAAUAGAAAAAAAUCUAGUGACAGAGACUAGAGACAAUAUUCAUUCUUUUCUAAAUUUAUCUGAUAUUAUUAACUCGGCAACAAGUACUUCAAAUCCAGAAUUAAAUGAAGAUGUUUAUCUUACUGGCUCUUUGGAAGUAAAGAUAAAUGAAAAUCUUCCUAAGGAUUAUGUGAAAUUUGCAAACAUGGAAGAAUUUAUUAAUGAAGAUAAACAGGAAAUGGAGAAAAGUCUAAUGCCAGGAACUGAGUGGUCAGCAGGAGUUAGUGAAGAGAGUAAACCUGAGGUAUCAACUCCUGCACCAGUGGCAGCCAAAUCUCUGACCAUAGACUGUCUGGAGCUGACCUUACCCCCUGAGCUGGCCUUCCAGCUUAACGAGCUGUUUGGCCCUGUUGGUGUUGACUCAGGGUCUCUAACAGUUGAGGAUUGUGUGGUGCACAUAGACCUGAAUCUGGCUAAAGUGAUUCAUGAGAAGUGGAGAGAAUCUGUAAUGGAGCGACAGAGACAGGAGGAGGUUUCUCUCGGAAAGCGCAUGCAGGAUCCUUCCCUGGCUGGACAUACUGUUCUUGAUAAUUCUGAACAAAAAUCAUCCCAGAAAACAGGCAAAAGGUUAUUGAAGACUUUAGCAGCACCUGAGACCCUGGAUCACUGGAACACUCAAACGAAGAAAGUCUCACUUCGAGAAAUAAUGUCAGAGGAGAUUGCCUUACAGGAGAAACAUGACUUGAAAAGGGAGACACUUAUGUUUGAAAAAGACUGUGCCACAAAACUAAAGGAGAAGCAGCUCUUUAAGAUAUUUCCAGCUAUUAAUCAAAAUUUCCUGGUGGACAUUUUCAAAGAUCACAACUAUUCACUGGAAAACACUGUGCAGUUUCUAAACUGUGUUCUUGAAGGAGACCCUGUGAAGACAGUUAUAGCUCAAGAGUGUGCCCACCAAAAUGAGAAUAACACUUCUCAUUCUGCUCAGAAGUCGAAAGAGAAAAAGGCAAAGAAACCAAAAGAGGCUGAUGACACCGCAGGUGACCCAUCUUUCCAGGAUUUUGAGUACCCUGAGUAUGAUGACUAUAGGGCAGAAGCUUUCUUGCACCAGCAGAAGAGGAUGGAGUGCUACAGCAAGGCCAAGGAAGCCUAUCGCAUGGGCAAAAAGAAUGUGGCCACCUUUUAUGCUCAGCAGGGUAGUCUUCAUGAGCAGAAGAUGAGAGAAGCUAAUCACCUCGCUGCUGUGGAGAUCUUUGAGAAAGUCAAUGCCUCCCUGCUACCACAGAACGUCUUAGACCUCCACGGGCUGCAUGUGGAUGAAGCUAUAGAACACUUGACAGCAGUUCUACAGCAGAAAACGGAAGAAUUUAAGCAGAGUGGCGGUAAGCCCUAUCUUUCAGUGAUUACUGGGAGAGGAAACCACAGCCAGGGAGGAGUUGCUCGAAUCAAACCAGCUGUCAUUAAAUACCUCACAAGCCACAGCUUCAGGUUCUCUGAGAUUAAACCAGGGUGCUUGAAAGUCAUGCUGAAGUGAAACUUAAAGCCCUGGACUUAGAAGUGUGAGGUUUGUGGGCUGACGUUGGUUUUACUUGUAGUAAUUCAGUCAGUUCUAUUUUCAAAUGUAUUUAUUAGGAAUGUAAAACAAGAAAAAUGCUUUUCAGAAUUCAAGGAAAAAUUUUUUUUUACUUGAUCAAAUGCCAAUCUGUUACUUUUCAAAAUAUUGAAAGGAAUUUUUAUUGAUUACAAAGUGUCUAAAAAAUGUAUCACCUGCAGUUUAAAGUCUUAAGUGCUAUAUCAUUGUUAGGAAAACAAACCAACCAACAAACACUGCCUUUGUGCUACGGUUCACGUUUAGAAAAGUCCUAAAGGGGACUGAGUGUGAGGGCGGCACGCCUCAGCCUCUCCAGGGUUGCGUUAAAUAGUGAAGGAGAAAGGUGAGCAGCAAAACACAAGGUGGUUUUGUUUUUUGUUUUUUUUCUGGUUUCAAAGCUUAACACAAAAUCACUUGAUUUUGCUGUUCAUACAGACAGGGGGACACUUGAUUGUAUUUUCCUCUGUAUCUCUCGUCCUUUCCCUUCUAUACUGGUGUGUGUGUUUUUCCGGGAUGAAUGUUGGGUGUGAGAGUAACUUGUAGUCUCAUAGGUACAAUAGGUAGCUUUCAGAGGAGAAGCGGUGCUUGGUGUCUCCUGUGUGUCCUGGACUCCCUGCAGUGGCACGGAGGCUAAAUGGCUGUUUCAGACUCCAGACAUCAUUUCUAAGCUACAGGGAGUCAGUCCUACUGACUUAAGUGCAAAACCAUUUUUGGUACAACUGUAAAAGAACCCUUGCAAUUAGAAAGACUUUUUUUACCUUUAUUUUGAAAAGAAGCCAACUUUCUGAAAGAAAAGUCUCAUCGAAUUUUUUGAGCUAGUGUCCUGUUUGUGUGUAAAUACUGGUUUCCUUUCUACAGACUUAGUGUGGCAAAGUGUAAUUUUUCUAGAACAACACAGUAGUUAAGUAAAUCUAACUUUGGACAUACAGAGUAUUUUCAACAUAUGCGCUGUUCACAAGCAAUUGUGUUGCAUUUAGACCUUCAUAAGGAAUGCGGCAGUGCCCUCCUCCGAAAGAUCUGACAGCAUGAGCUCCCAAAGAGCGUUUUAAUGGGAAUCAAAAGUAGAAUCAUGUUUUAGUCUUGUGAAUCAUGCUUUUAAAAAAGAGCCUUACCAUUCAAUUUUAUUUCCAUAAAAACAAAAAUCUAUGUUUGUUACCUAUAAAUAGUUAGUGAUUACUGAUACUCAAGUAUUUAUAUUUUUAGACUUGUAAUAAUUUGUUUUAAAAAUUGCAGUAGUGUAGCAUACCAUUUUUGGUAAUGCUUGGAAGUGUUUUUUAUAUAUAUAUAUUACAAAUAAAGCAGUUCCCUUUUAUAACUUAGUACAAAAACCAUAAUCAGUAGUUAAUAAAGUAAGCAUAUUCCUGUGUUCAAGUUAAGAUGAUAGAAAAAUGAGACAAUUUAACACCUGGAAUUAUUGGAGUGUGUGCAGCUGCAUACUCAUUUUCUGUGUUUUAUAUUUUCUCAUGUUUUAAUAUUUGAAUAUUUCAGACAAUUUAUAUUAUUACUGUGAUUCUAAUUAAGAGAGCAGUGAGAAGUACUAGUGUGCUUCUAGCUGGAGGCUGUGGCUAGAGGCCUCCAGAAAGCAGCUCUUUUUACUGCUGCGCCAGCCUGAUUGUCAGAAGUCCGCUAUGGUUCUUCAUGAUGGAGCAAACCUAAUGCAGACCUCAAGAUCGCUAUGAAGACCCAGUUGGCCUCAAACUCACAAUCCUUCUGCCUCACCUUCCUAAAUAUUGAGACUAUAGAUAUGUUUUGCCGUGCUUGGCUUCAUAUUCUUUAAUCAUUAUCUAUAAAUAACAAAGUUUGAACAUUAUAUAUAUUUAUAGUCCCAAAUUCCCUUCCCUGCCCUCCUAUCUGUAUCAUUGAAGCAGUUACAAUUAUAAAAGAUCAUUUUCUAAACUUUCAUUUGCUGACCUCUAAAUCUUGUGUCCCAGCCAGAGGUAGAGGACUCUGGGGAUCAAAGAUUUUUCUUUUGCUCCCUUUUGAAUUUUGUAUGUCCCAGGUAAAGAUGGUUUAGAGAUGAUCCAGGUGAGAAGAGCUCUUUGUAAACCUAGUAUUUUAAAACAUUUUAAAAGUAUAGCAUUUUUCCCCAAAACUUGGAAGAUCUUAGUAGCAGUUAUAUACAUUUAAAAUCUGUUACUGGUGUCCACCCAGUGAGAUACAGAAUUGAUAGGAAUCACAUGACAGUCAGUGUGAGCGCCAGGCCCUCACAACCAUUUUCAGUCUCUUUCCUUAUCCUGUGAGACAAUUGGCUCAUGUUUUCUGACAUCUAUUAGCUGUUGAUACAUUGGUGUUAUUUUUGAGUUGAAGUUUUCUUCUGUUUAUGAGUAUUUCCAUACUACUUGUAUACUGUGACAUUUACGUAUCAUCCAUAUCAUAUAGUGGGAACUGUGACUGAAAUGACAGGUAUUAUAACAGAUUUUGAGAACAAACAGCUUCCAGUUUUUUGGGGGAUGUUUCCUGUCCUUUGUUUUGGUCUUCUUUAUAAAUUCAAGUGUUCUGUUCGCUUUAGAAGGAUGUGUGUAAGGGCAAGGUUAGUUAGUUUCAGCUGGCAGUUGGAAACUUUUGAAACUCAAAUUGCUCUGACAAUGUUUUAACUGCUCUCAAUUAAGAAAAUGUAAGAAAUGGACAAACUAACGUGUGCUGUUUUUUCUGAGUGCUUUUCUAUUGUGCAAUGAGGUGACACUGAUAAUGUUCUGUGCCGUGCUUAAGUGUUGCUUAUUUUUAAUACUUGUAAAGAAAACAGACAUAAGUGUCUGCGUGGCCAAAACCAAGUGCCAUUUAAAAGGAAAAGUAAGUUGAUGUAGAAUGUAUGUUAAUGGUGCUUAUUUUUAAAGUGUGAUUUAAGUUUACAGUAUUACUUGAUGCCUCUUUACAGAAGUGACUAGAGAAACGAGGCUAGAACACACCUGUGUCCUGAAGCCUUCGUAACCUCAGUUAGAUGAUGCCGGAGUUCAUUCACUGUCCUCACAUUUGAGCGCUUGACUUCCGUGGUCAGGUGAUGAACCUGCUUUGUUGAGUUACCCCUCUCCGCCUCAUUAAAGUGCCCCAUUGCAGCUAGCAGCUGAAGAAUAGACUGUAAGCUUUUCAGACGGUGUAUCAGAAACAAAAUGUUUUUAUGUGUACUAUAAAAAUGUGAUUUUUGCUGUCAACCUGUACUUUUUUUAUUGAAAAUGUUUAUAACUUUGCUUUUAAAAUUUCUUAUGAAACCAUUUACAAAUUACAUACUUAAUUUAAUAAAAUGCUUUCAUCACAGUC